GACGGCCUGACGUCGGGCGAGGUGGCGGCGUUGGCGCUGGUGUUCGGCGCGCUGUGGCUGGUGUCGGUCCUGGGCAACGCGCUGGUGUGCCUGGUGAUCCGCCGCAGCCGCCGCACGCAGUCCACCACCAACUACUUUGUGGUGGCCAUGGCCUGCGCCGACCUGCUCCUGAGCGUGGGCGGCGCCCCCCUGGUCCUGGCGCAGGUGGCGUGGGGGCGCUGGCCCCUGGGCGCGGCGGCGUGCGCGGCGGCCCGCUACGUGCAGCACCUGUGCCCCGGCGUGCAGGCGUACGUCCUGCUGUCCAUCUCGGUGGACCGCUUCUACACCAUCGUGCACCCGCUCAGCUUCAAAGUGUCCCGCGAGAAGGCCAAGAAGAUGAUCCUGGCGUCGUGUUUGCUGGACGCGGCCCUGGCGGCGCCCUGCCUCUUCUUCUACGGCGCCNNNGCGCCGGCCGAGGGCGGCCGCUGCCGCUUCUUCCUGCCCGCCGGCCGGGGCGGCGUCUGCUACGCCGCCGCCCACCUGCUCCUGGGCUUCGCCCUCCCGGCGGGGCUCAUCUUCUCCUUCUACCAGCGGGUGGUGCGCCACAUCUGGAGGUUCGGCGCCGACGGCCACGCGGUGCGGCGCACCAUGAACACGGUUCCUCGCCCCAAGGUGAAGACCAUCAAGAUGUUCCUGGUGCUCAACUGGCUCUUCUUCGUGACGUGGACGCCCUUCUACCUGGCGCAGCUGUGGCACCCGCGCGAGGUGGACGACGACGGCGGCGGCGGCGGUGCCGUGCGGCGGCGGGCGCUGCUCUUCUUCGCCGCCGUCGCCUGGAUCUCCUUCAGCUCGGCCGCCUCCAAGCCCACCUUGUAUUCGGUCUACAACGCCAACUUCCGCCGCGGCAUGCGGGAAACCUUCUGCAUGUCUUCCGUCAAGUGUUACCGCAGCAACGCCUACACCAUCACCGCCAGCUCGCGAUUGGCCAAGAAGAACUACGUGGGCGUGCUCCACGUGCCCGUCGACGUCAAGGACGCCGCGCACCAAAGCUUCGAGCGCGACGCCAAGGGCCAGAAGAAACUGGCCUGGGCCGCCGGCGCCCACAACACUUUUGUGUAGCGCGCUAAGCUAACUGACGUGCGGCCGGCCAAAGCGGCGCUCGGCAAACUCGGGGCGGCCGGCAACGUGACCUUCCCUUCGCUUUGACCGCUCGGCGCGUCGGGAAGUGUUUUCGACGGGUGACGGGGCAAACAGGCAACCGCUCGAAAGGGGUGUUAGUUUAGUUUUCCUCUCAACUGACAGACUUGAAUGAUUUCGAAUCCAUUUCCUUUGGGAUGCAUUUGACCUAUAGGAGUAUUUCAAUGAUUGGCAGCCCCAACCCCCCCCCCCCAAAAA